ACGUAGCGUGAAAGAGGAACGAGCACGUAGCGUGUAAGAGUGAGAAAUCCAGAAAAUGGUGUUUAUUUGCUUCGUCUUGGAUCUCCGGAGCUUAUCACCUCCAUUGCUUCGCGAUUUGAAGCAGUCGAUGUUACAGCUUGCAAAUUUCUACGCGAUAUCGUCACCGACUAGUAGUACAAGCAGUUCGAGAUCCAAACCGCUGCUCGAUCGCAUUGGACUUUGCUAUUUGUUCAAAAAUCGACUCUCACGUACUGAUGAACUUAAGGUAGCUUAUAGUCCACGGGGCAACUUCAGUCUCCGAGAUUUCCAUCAUGCUGUGAACAAUUUGCCUUCCGAUGCCUUUUUACCUGAUUUCAACGGUUCUGGAGCUCUAUGUUGUAGCGAUUUGAAACUUAGCAGUGUCCUAAAUGACAAAAUUUUGUACUCAUGGGGAGGUCAUAGUAAAGAUAUUACUCGAAAGGUGGUUUUGAUCAGUUCCUGCAUAUUUGAAACCCUGGACUCUGCUACCAAAAAGGUUCUCACGGAUGCAGCAGCUAACUGUAUAUCAGUAGAGUUUGUCUUCUUGGAGCAAAAUUCAAGUCAUCUUGCUGAUAUUCCUGAAAGUAUUAACAAAUUCUUGAAGCAGAUUGGUGAUCUUGAUAACUGUUCGUUUCAAAACUACAUUCCAGAUGCACAUACUUUGUCUGGCUUGGUAAAGAAAUGGUUUCAGGAACUGAAGGAGGGCUUGGAAGAACAAAUGCAGGCUCGUUUUGUCUUUAAGAUCAAUCUUUUAGGCUCAACAAAUCGGAUAUCCUGCAACUUGUGCACCUCUUUCAAUCAGAUAAUUGAUGAAUUCGUUCCUUGUAAGUCAUGCAGGUGUCAUGGCAUUCCAUUUGACACCUCAAGAACAAUCCCGACCGAUAUGUCUUCUUGUCCAGUAACUGGUGUUGAGCUUGGAGUACUGGAUUUGGUUGAUAGCUCGGUGAAGAUAGGAGAACAUACAAUCCUCUAUAUGCCCUCUUUUCAAUGUUGCCAGGACCUUCAGAAAGUUCCUUUACCAAUUAACUUCAAUGUUAUUGAAAGAACUAACUUGAGCUCACUUGAUGAAGGGAUUAUUUUAGGUGCUUCCUACAUUGUUACCCCAGCCUUCUCUGAGUUGGAUGAUACUGAUAUAUCAGAGCUAAAUGUUAAACUUUUUCGAGUGCUGUGUGGUAUACUGCAUUCCCUUGACCAGGGUUUAGUUUGCUCAUCAAAUUGUAAUAUAGAAACAGCAAAGCAAACUUCCUUCCUGUGCUAUUAUAUUCUUUUACCUUCAGAGAAAGGAGUGAUGAUUCUAAGAAGGCUUGCUGGAUCAGAGGAGGUCUUGCCUGUUCCUGACAUCACUAAUAUUGCUUGCAUCCCAGUCAGCAAGGAUAUUGAAAAUUCUCUGCAAGCCUCUUUGCUUAAGAUCGAAUUAAGAAAUUACGAUCCAGUUCAGCACGACAGGGGCUUCCAUCAAAGACUAAACUUGCUUGUCAAAGAGAGCCUACAAUUUGGGGCAAUACCUGCUAAGGCUAAAGAACAGGUGACUGCAUCAAACACAGCUCUGCAAGACCCUGUGGUAGAGGAUUUAUCAGUACAAGCCAACGAUGUGGAGGUUAUAGAAGAAAACGUGCUGGAUAGCAUUUUGGCUGAUGGUAAAACUGGUGCUAAAAUUACAGAAGAAUGGGAACAGCUGGUUGUAUUAGAGAUGCCAAAGAUGUCUUCUCCCACUUGUAUCUCCAAGCUGAAGUUGCAUAAGGAGGUUUCAUCUCCCCUUCUAAGUACUGGGAAACUUGAUGACAAAACUUCACGAAUCCUUGAAAGACUGGAGAUACCAAAGCAGCUGAAAAGAAAAGCAGCUUCCCCUACGUUGUCAACUUUCCAUACAGUGUCAAUCUCUUCAGUAAAGAAGCCUUUGAUCCCCUUUGGACCCAGUAAUCCUGACAGUCAGGUAAUUGUUUUGAGCCAGCCCAUAAAACCAAACUUUCAGAGGCUAAAGAGGAAAAGAUAACUAGGAAAAUCCUUUUCAAGCUGAAAGCUUUCAGUAUGCAGAGGUCCGUCUUCUCGUUCUAUGUUGUUUUGGCAUCUCUAAUUCUCUAGCAUGCUGUCUUUUCAUAAGAUAACUAAUCAUGUGCAUAAGAUGUUCUACAUUUUACUUCAAUCUUAACAUUCUUGAACUAUUAACAAUUCUGGACGGUCAUGAUUACCACCAUACCUUGUGAUGUGCCUUAAUAGAUUUUGAAAUGAAGAGCUUUGAACUAUAUAUGCUACAAUUUAGCAAAGAUUAA